UUUAGUUAGGAAAAAUGUGGCGGCAUAACAAUUGUAAACAAACAUCGUGAAGCACUAAUUAUAUUUAAAGAAUGUUUAUACUUUCAUAUUUUAAAGUAUAUUUGAUUAAUGACUAUUGAAUAAAUUCUAUCUUGAAUAAAUUUAUUCAGCCUAUUUGGAAUUUUAAAAGACUGUCAUGUAAUAUCUCUAAAUGUUUAUCGGUUUGUAAUUGAUGCUGAGUACUAGUAAAAAAAAUCACCAUUGCUUGGUUAUUUGCUUAUUACCACCUUCUAAUGGAUGAAGAAAUGAUAUCAUCCAAUGAUGAGGGUGAACUUGAGACCGAUGAUGAGGAUUAUUUACCAGUUAUAGAAUUAUCCGAUAACGAAUCUGAUCAUUCUGAUGGAAAUUCUGAACUGCACAAUUUGUUUCGAACCAUGGACAAAUUCUAGUGAGCAUAGAUUAGUAUCUCUAAGAUGUGGUCAUUUAUUUGGUCGGAGUUGUAUAACCCGAUGGUUGAAGGGACAAAAUGCACGUUGCCCACAAUGUAAUGCUAGAGCUCGAAAGUCUGAGAUCCGAAAUAUUUAUGCUAAAUCAGUAAAGGCUUUAGAUUCUUCUGAACGAGACAAAGCUCUUGAAGAAUUGCAGAAGGAAAGAGAAACAAGAAGAAGAGUGGAAAUGGAUUACGCCAGAGAAAAAUUGAGUCACAUGAUGGCUCUACAGGAAUGUGAAAGGUUAAAAAAAGAAUUAAUUGAAACCACUAAGUUGUUACAAGAAUAUAGGUCUGGUUCUAAACUCAUGGACUUGUCUCAAGCAGCAAAAAAGAACAGCUCAAUAUUCUCAUUAGACAAAAGUAUUGAAAUCUUUAAAAAUGGUGGCUGUAGAAUUGUUGAUGUCUGUGAUUUGCUAGGUUUGAUUUUAGUUUCCCAACCUACCAACAAUGACAUGUUUCCUGGACAUGGGUUUCGAAAAAUCGCAGCUCAGGAAAUGAAGCUGGCAGAGUUUGUAUUGGUUCAUCAGAAGCCUAUUAAAGAUAUGGCCUUUCAUUCUCAUGAUGGUUUAGUGUUGACAGCUUCACUUGACAAGACUGUGAAAAUCACUAAUGUUUUGACAAACUCGGUAGUUCAAACGUAUUCUCUUGAUUGUGAUGCAUGGAGUUGUGCAUGGGAUUCUGAUGAUCCUAUGUAUUUCUAUGGUGGUUUGAGGAAUGGUGGAGUAUUGUUGUUUGACAUUCGUGUUACAAGCAGAUCUGUGAAUGAAUUGCCUAGAUUUGGUAGUAAUACGCCUGUUGUUGCUAUUCAAUGUCUCCGUAAACUGUCUUUAUCUAACCCCAGUAAAAGUGGACCUGUUGUUGGAAAGCUCUCUGAUUGUAGUUUUUAUCAAAAACUAGAUGAAGUAGGAGACUACAAAAUUCUUCCAUUACCAUGCUUUGGUCCUUUUACAUCACUUAGUUCAGAACUAACAUCUGGCCAUUUUUUGAUUUCUUGCCGUCCUUCUGUCAAACAACCUCGUGUGUCACACAUGGCUCUAGUGUGGAAUAGUAGCAACGGUGAGUGCAUAGAUAAACUUCGAACAGAGUCUCCAGUCUUAGACCUUGCAGAGUUAAAAAUGAAUCAAAAAUCUUAUUUGUUAGCUCUAACUGAAAAAACUUUAAAAGUUUAUGGCUGGAAUUGUUCAUGAAAAUUAUUUUACUUAGUGAUUAUGAAAAAUAAGUUUAUUUUUUUAUGUAUUUAUGUCUUUACUAGUUAAAUUCUUAUGCAAUUGAUAAUGCUCAAAGCUAAUUUGCAUGCUUUUAUGCAAUAUUCCUCAUUUUCUAUACAUUUAGGUAUCAACGUUUUUUAAUCUGUACAUUUUGUAAAUAUACAUCUAAAUUGUAAAUAAAAUUCUCGACUAUUUUUGUAAUUCAGAAAA